AAUCCCUCUUUUCCGCGUUUGCAUACAUAAACACGCACACACAGCCAACACUCCGCGACGGACAACAAAUAUAUACACCUCAUGGCUACUCUGAGAAAGAAGGCCAGGGACACGGAGCCUCUCGAUCCAGUCAGCGUGUCUGAAAAGGCCCUUGUCGAAGAAGGAGCGUCUUCUGGCGGUGCCUUACGUUCGUGGUUCCGUCUAUUCGCAUGUUGGGUUUUUGCGAUUGCUGUUGCCACUCACCUGCAUUACAAGCUACCUGAACCAAAAAGUCAUCGCGGUGUAGAUCCAACCACUGGAAACACCGAAUUCUCAGAACAUAAUGCCAUGGAAACUAUUGCUUAUCUUAGUGACACACUGGGUUACCGUAUCGUUGGCACCGUCGAAGAGGCACAGACAUUUGACUAUUUGGAGAGCGCGGUUCGCGCAUUCAAGUCCGAGGCCCAGGGUAUUUCCGGAGCGCCCAAGUUCGACAUAUGGGUGCAGCAAGCAACUGGCACACACCGAUUCGAUAUCAUGGAUAACAUGGUGUUCAAGGCAUAUACAAACGUGACAAACAUCAUUGUGCGUCUUUCAUGUCCCGAAACAGAGUCUCGCGCUUGUGAGGAUAAUGCUAUUCUUUUGAACUCGCAUUUCGAUACCACACUUGGCUCACCGGGCGCAACGGAUGAUGGCUCGGGCGUUGCGGUCAUGCUGGAGAUCAUUCGAGUGAUGAGUCGCCGCGACUGGUCCGGUUACAGAAACUCAAUCGUGUUUUUGUUCAAUGGUGCCGAAGAAAGCUUACAGGACGCUUCCCACGCAUUCAUCACCAUGCAUGAAAUCAAGGAUUCUAUCCGCUCAGUGGUGAACAUUGAUGCUUGUGGCACCUCCGGUCGUGAAAUUCUGUUCCAAGCAAAUUCAAGAGAAAUGAUCGAUGCGUACAAGCAAGCUCCUUACCCACAUGGUACCGUUGUAGCCAACGACGUGUUUAGAACAGGCUUGAUUCUCUCGGAUACCGACUUUAGACAGUUUGUCCAAUAUGGCAACUUGACCGGCAUCGAUAUGGCCAUAUACAAGAACUCGUAUUUGUACCAUACGCAUUUGGAUUUGACUGAAAAUUUGGAACCCGGAGCUAUUCAGCAUUUAGGUGAAAACACCCUUGCCAUUGUGGACUAUCUCGCAAAGAAUUCUACACUAUCCAAUAUUGAGCGUACAAGUGAGGUUGUAUUUUUUGAUUUCCAAGGAUUGUUCUUUGUUGUGUAUUCAUGGGCCACAGCAUUCAAGCUCCAAAUGGGUGCCGUCUUCUUCGCCACCAUUCUCUUUGCCUUCACCGUCUACAAGACGGCCCAUUCAUCGCCUUACCGCACUAUCCCCAAUAUUGUGGCCUGCUAUAUCAAAACGACUGCAUCCAUUUUCCUCAGCGCUGUUGCUGCCCUUGUGCUUCCUGUAUUGGUUGCCUUGUUCCUGACUUCAGAUCCAAUUGGUCGCAACAUGGCAUGGUUUGCCCGGGAAUGGUAUGGUGCCGUGAUCUUUUGUCCCAUGUCCCUGAUCGGCAUGUAUGGUGUCCAAUACCUCUUGUACGCAUUGCCCGGCCCCCAACAUGUUGAUAUGGAAUACGGUGCAUUUGUCUCCCUGACCGUGGCCUUUGCUAUCAGCACGUUCUUGACAACAUUGACAAGUGUCGCCAGCUCGUACAUUUUCUGGUUGUACUUGAGCAUCCUCUUCGUUGCAACCCUGCUUAACGAGUUCGUGUGGAAGCCUAAAGCCACGAAGAGCGUUGUCUGGAAGCCUCAGAUCAGUGGCUUGACUUAUAUCGUAUGCGCGUUCCCCAUGACGCUUCUGUACACCGACUACACAUAUGCCAUGAUUGACAUUUUUGUGCCCUUGACCGGCCGUAUGGGCUUUGACACACCUGUCGAUAUCAUCAUUGCUGUCGUGUUUGGCAUGGUGACGUUUAUGACCACGCUUCCCUCCUUGGCACAUGUUCAUCGCUUCGGCAAGCGCUUUUUGCGCAAGAUCUUGGUCGCAUUGGUGAUGCUGCAAGUUGCUGUGCUUGGUGCCGUGGUAAUUCGUGGUGGAACCUACGGUGGAUGGGCUUUCCCUUAUGACGAGUUUCAUCCUAAGCGCCUUUUUGUCCAGCAUCUAAAGAACUUGACAUCGGGAGAAUCCCACGUUGGGUUUGCUGAAGCCGAUCAUGGCCCCUAUAUUGAGACCGUUGUUACGGCUGUAGAAGAUGCUUUAGGCGUCAAAGCAGAAGCUCGCCACGGUUCCGAAAAUGCCAACGAAUGGGCAUCCAUUUACCCCUUUAGCGCAUUUUUGGGCGGCUAUCGCUUCAACACCAAGUCUUACUUGGAAGCAAAUGGCGUCAAGCCCGACGAUUUGCCAGGACCUUUCCCCAAACUAUCAGCACAAAAUGACAAGUACGAUCCGGCUACUGGGGUGCGAUCUUUCUCAAUUGUUUCGGUAUCACCGACAUAUACUUGGACUGUCAUUGCUUUCGAUGCUGACGUGCUUACCUGGAGCAUCACCGAUUCAGAGCCGCUGGAAGGGCCUACCCAUUAUAUUGUACGUCAUGUUGUAGGCCACGGUAACGAUGCAUGGAAGCUUGACCUUUCUGUCCGGGUGCCCGAGGACAAGCGGGCCGAGGCCAAGGCGGGCAAAUGGAAGAUGCGGUUUGAGUUUACUGCAUUAGAAAAGGAAAACUUUGCUGGUCACGGUAUCGAGCGUCCAACUGGAGGUGUUGGUAUCUUGGGCGUUGUGCGUGAUGUACUACCCAUUUGGACAACACCUACUUGGCUUAGCAGUGUUGUUAAAGUAUGGGAACUGUAAGCAAAAAUGAAGGAACAUUAACUAUUACUUGCAUACACGACACCCCUCACCUUUUCUUUUUCUCGUUUUCCACAUCCCACACACAACAUACUACACAAAUACAUCCAUCACAUUCCUAUUUUAAUCAUUUAGAAGCCUUUUUGUAAUAUUUACAACAGACAACGACAUAUAUAAAAAAGAAAACAAUUUUGCUUGUUUUUUCUUUCAAUAAAAUAAUUAAAGCUUCUUUUGUAUGGACA